AUGCCCGCAAAGGUCACCCUGUUUGACGACAAGUGCAAGCCUGUGUAUGAUCUGGGGGGUGGCCCCUACAACACCGUGAUCUGGAACCCCUUCGGCCGCUUCCUGGCCAUCGCCGGGUUCGGCAACCUGCCGGGCGACCUGGUGUUCUGGUCAAAGCUCAACAAGGGCGCCUGCAAGCAGAUCGCCGCGACGCGGUCAGAGGCGGUCAACGCGUCGUGGUCGCCGUGCGGGCGCUACGUCAUGACGUCGACGGUGGCGCCGCGGCUGAGGGUGGACAACAACGUCAAGGUGUUCACCUACUAUGGCGAGAAGGUGGCCGAGAAGAAGUUUGACGUGCUGCUGGAGGCGCAGUGGCUGCCCGCCCCCAGCGGUACCUUCGAGGACCGCCCCGCGUCGCCGCGCGCGGCCGGAAGCAGCGGCGCGGCCGGCGGCGGCGGCGGCGGCGGCGCGGCGGCGGCGCCGCCGAGGGCGGCGGGAUACAGCCCGGCGGACGCAUAA